AAACGAGGUAACAGAACGGGGCUUGUCGCCAGUUGGCUGGUUGGCUGCGAUUGGGUGCGAUCGAAUCAGCUCGAGGCGAAUUAACCCUCAAUUCUCCAUUUUACCACAUUUAAUCUCCCUUAAUUUUUGAAUACUUGAUCCGAACGAUUGCUGCAAUAUUGUGCAGACAAAUGGCGGACUGCGAGGCGGAGCUUUUGAUUAAUUUGGUUAAAUCUAAAAGGGCCAUUUACGACUCGACGAUGAUGGAACACAGCAGCAGAAAUGUUUUGGAAAAAUUGUGGGAUGAAAUCGCACAGGAAAUGAACAAAUCUGUCGCAGAAUGUAAAGCAAAAUGGGCCUCCCUCCGAAAUUCCUACGCACGAGCAUUGCGAGAUGGAAAAGCAAGACACACAAGUUCAGGAAGUAGAAAACGUCGAAAAUGGUAUUUAGCUGAUGCGAUGGAUUUUUUGUAUGCCUUCAUGAAUCAGCAUAAACCCAGCAGCACCAACACUGUCGAAUUUUGGGAAGAAAGGACAAAUAGUCUUGAUGCACAAGAAAUUACAGAAUACGAAAACGAGGAAGAAAUUGUCGAACAUCAAUUGGAUAAUAAUUUGGAAUAUGAGGAUCCCAAUUCCGUUACCCGAAGGAGUUUUUCUCCCGCAAAGUUAAUUAAACCCGCCGUUUCUGACGACAUAAUUGCUCCUGUUAUCGAACACCUUUUAUCAGAAGCAAAAUCUCGAGAGAGAGAUAAUCCAGAGUGGAGUUUUUUCAGAAGUCUUAUGCCAGACGUUGCAAAACUCUCUGCAAAAAGACGAAGAAAAUUUAAGGAAGUCGUUUUAACAUCGUUAAACAAACUGAUGGAAGAAGAUGAAAUUGAAAAUGCCGAGUUUAGUGAGAAGAAAGAGUAUUAUAUUAAAUCUAUUGAUUAAGAGAUAUAUAUUUUUGUAACUUGUAUUUUAGUUAAGUUAUACUUCAACUUCUCCAAAUAUUCCGAAUUUAUUUAGUUUAGUAUCAAGACCAAAAUAGUGCUGUAAUUUUGUAAGAAAAGAUGAGUAUUAGAGGGAAAUCGAGAAUGAGCAAGCAAAACAUUUUUCUAUGUGAGAAUUUUUGUAGGAUAAUAAAUUCAUAAAAAAUAUGAAUUCUGAGCAGAAAAUGUAGCAGCUG